AGGAUGGAACAUGAGAAGGUUUUCUGUCUCUGCUCAAGGUAAAUAACUCUUACUUGGCAAGUCCAGCGACAAAGAAAACAGCUGUCAAACUGAACAUCAUAAACCCAAGCAUUGAGAAACGUUGAUAAGUGAUUGCUACUACUCACAUGUCAAGCGUAUCCUAUUUAUACAGAAGAGAAGAGAAUAAUUUCGACAUGCCACCAGGGGGAGCAGAUGAUGUAAAUCUAUUAGACAUACCGCGCCAAAACAGAGAAAUGGAGGGUGAAAGCGAGGAUGAAAAAGAGAGACAAAGUCAAGUGAGGGCUUUUCAGGAGAGGGUUGGCAGAGGGGGUAAGCCCCUAAAUAUCGCCUUCAUUGGACCAGCAGGCAGCGGAAAGUCAUCGCUGUGUAACUCAAUCAUGGCGGCUUUUAGUGUGGGUGGAUGGAGAGAACGGGCUGCUGUUGGACACUUUGGUGGUCACGCCGAGCAAGUCACACAUCAUUUACUGAGCUUCCCCAAAGUGGAGUACCUGGACUUUGAUGCCCUAUAUGACUACAAUUAUCCUACACUGGUGGACAUGAACGGUUUCGAGAACAACUGUGAUGAUCUGAUAGAGGAACUCCUGCGGAUUGUGUUCUAUGGAAGGCUGCCCAACGAAGAAAAACUCAUGGAUGCCGUCACAAUUUCAAGGCAGAGGGGAAUUGAGGGAUUGAGAGAUCAUUACUCCCAAAAUAAUGAGGAUAUAAAAAUAGACAGAAUAAUAUUUGUGGCAUCCGCAACAAAUGAACUCCCUACACAGCUAAUGGAGGCUGUUAGACGAACAGCCCGUAAGGAGGGAAGAGUAAUUCCAAUCUUUGGGGUUCUGACACAUCGAGAUGAGAUAGACAGGGGGGACGCCGACUAUAUCAAACAGGAGAAGGAAUUCAGAGAAGGCCUAGGACUGCCAGAGAACCGCUUCCUUCUUUGUACAACCUACUGUGAUACUUACGAUAAAUAUGUCGGGAAAAGCCGUCUGGAUCAUCGCCAUCCAGAGCUGGACAUACCCAUCCUCAAGUUCAUGAGACAGGUCUGUGAUUCAGCUUCUAAAGUAAUCAAAGAUAAAACUAGCUACAACCAGAAGGAACCACAGGGCUCUCCAACACCCAGAACUGAGAGACAGCCAUCAUUGGUCCAGGCCAGGCAGAGGGAAGACCAGAAACUGAUGAAGAUGGCCAUUAAAGGAGCAGCCAUAGCAGUUUUUGUCUGGAUUCUACUGCCCUUUAUAAACAGCAGUAGAGAUAUUGCUAACAUAUGUGCCCAACAGAAAUAUGGCCACUGUAAUAUUCGAGACUUGACAACUUUCUGUGAUGAAAGAUCCUCCAUGCAAAUAUGGAGAAUUAUAUUUUCCCUUCUGUUUGCUGCAUUCACCAUGUUUCUGGAUUUUCUUUGUGAGAAAUUUGAUUUGCCUUUACAAAUAUAAACUAUCGUUGACUUGUAUAAAAAUCUGGGGAAAGGUUUAAAAAAGGAAUUUAGGUAAUGGUAAAAAAUUAAGAUUACAAUAUGUGGCACUUAAUAAUCUAUCUGCAGUAAACAGUAUUUGUUUGUGCAUGGGAACUAUAGUCAUUAGCUUUACAUGUAAUUGAAAACUGUGUUAUACAAAACUGUUUAAAUCGAAUGCUUUGAGCAAAAGUUGGUCAAAGAAUUAAGAUAUUUCUCUAUCGAACAUGUGAUUGGUUGUGAGCUUCACAUGUAAUUGAAAACUGUAUUAUACAAAAUUGUUUAAAUCGAAUGCUUUGAGCAAAAGAUGGUCAAAGAAUUAAGAUAUUUCUCAUUCAAACAUGUGAUUUGUUUUGAGCUUUACAUGUAUUGAAAACUGUAUUAUACAAAAUUGUAUAAAUCGAAUGCUUUGAGCAAAAGAUGGUCAAAGAAUUAAGAUAUUCCUCUAUCAAACAUGUGAUUUGUUGUGAGCUUUACAUGUAUUGAAAACUGUAUUAUACAAAAUUGUUUAGAUCGAAUACUUUGAGCAAAAGAUGGUCAAAGAAUUAAGAUAUUCCUCUAUCGAACACGUGAUUGGUUGUGUAUAUAAUUAUUUGCUUUAUCUCGAUCCUUUGAAACCUUUUCAUUUAUACUGGUACAAAGGUACAACUGUCAAUGCAAGGCUGCAAAUUAAGACCUGUGCUCUGCACUAAAAAGUAUUCAUUGAGGGAUCUUUUUAAUGCUAUAGCACCAGUUGCAACAUUGAAAUCUGCAUGAUUGGUACUGAACUUAAGUGAUACACCUGCAGGCAUGUAGGAAGCAUUUUCAGAUGGGCGAGUCACAACCUAAGAAUUUCAAUAUGGAGAGGGGGCACUAGUACCAAGCUAUACUUCUUGACUAAGAAAAGAAAAAAAGUCAUUGGUUGUAAUUACUGUAGGCCUAAUGUACUUCAUGGUUUGCAAAACCACUGGCUCCAAGAUUCCUACAAGUCAUAUAUAUUUGUAUGUAGCAUAUUCUACUUUUUUCUUUUGAAGUAUUUAGCAAAUUUAAAUAUUUUAAGAAUUACUCUGAAUCACAGGUUUAAA